AUGUUAACAACGAUCACUAGACUCAGAGUAAAUCAAAUAAGGCAUAACUCCACAGUAAGCUUAUCUAUUCUCAAUUACAAUAAAAAUGAAAUAACGUUGAAAAUUGGAGAAAACCCAAUAACUUUUAAAAAUGUAUUUUUAAGAGAUUCAUGUAAAUCAUCAGAUUCAAUUGAUGAAUCAACAAGUCAAAAAUUGUUCACUACAGCAGAAGGAGCAACAAACUUAUCAAUCAUAGAACAACCACAAAUUGAAGACGGAGGAGAAGAACCAACUUUGAAAGUUCAAUGGGAUAAUGAUGGUAAAAAAGUAAAUUCAACUUAUCCAUUAUCAUUUUUAUUGAAACAUUCAACUGCUAAAAAUAACAGGGUUGGUAAGUUUUUCGAUAAUGACAGAAUAAUAUGGGAUAAACACGAGUUAGAAUCAAAUUUAUCGUCUAUAAAUCAUAACUACAAAGAUUUUUUAAAUAAUGAAGAGACAUUUUUCAAAGCAUUACAUAACUUAAAUAGGUAUGGAUUAUGUUUCAUCAAUAAUAUUCCAAUCCCAGAGCUAACCGAGAUGAAUGACUCGAACACCAACCAAUGGCCAGUUGCUAAUAUUGCCAGAAAAUUUGGUUACAUAAAACCAACAUUCUAUGGAUCGUUAUUUGAUGUUAAAAAUUUGAAAAAGCAAGCCAAAAAUAUUGCAUACACCAACACGUUCUUACCAUUACAUAUGGACUUGUUAUACUAUGAAUCACCACCAGGUUUACAAAUGUUACAUGCUAUACAGAAUUCAACUUUAGGUGGUGAGAAUAUCUUUUGUGAUUCUUUCUUGGCUGCUGAGUAUGUUAGACAGAAAGAUCCAAAAGCUUAUGAAGCAUUAACCAAAAUUCCUAUUACCUAUCAUUAUGAUAACAAUAAUGAGUAUUAUUAUUACAAGAGACCUUUGGUAAUAGAAGAUAAUUCAAUAACAAAUGAUAAAUUCCCCAAAAUUCACGCUAUAAAUUAUUCACCACCAUUUCAAGGUCCAUUUGAAAUAGGUACUGUGAAGGAAACCAAUACAACAGAGUAUGAAAUGUUUGAUGAUUUCAUUCGUGGUUUCAAAUUAUUUGAGUCAGCUAUAAAUGAUCCUCAAAAUCAAUAUGAACUAAAAUUACCUGAAGGAACUUGUGUUAUAUUUGAAAACAGAAGAACUUUACAUUCAAGAAAUGAAUUUAAUGAUUCAAACGGCGGUGAUAGAUGGUUAAUGGGUACCUAUGUUGAUGGUGAUAGCUUUAGAUCUAAAUUACGUAUAGGUUAUAGAAAUUUUGGAUAA